GUGGUGCAUUUAAACGCGGACGUUUACACAGCAAUAUAGUUAUAUGUUUUUUUUAAUGAAAAGUAUCUACCAUCAACACCGUUUCAUAAACAAGUGUGCAAAAUGGAGUCUGCGAGAAACAGCGGUCCUUUAAUUAUGAAGACCAAAACCUUUACGCCUGACUUGAAGUCCAAAUAUGCUGCUAAAUCGUGGAAUGAAACCAUUCAGCUAGUGCGAAGAUGUAUGGACAAAACAAGGUCAGAUAGCAGAGUUUGUGAGCCGAUCGCAAAGUGUCUUCAGAAGAUCAAUGAAGCACUUAAUGUGUCUUCCUUGACAGCCAUGGUGUCUAGGCUGGAGAUGAUUGCCAAGCAAAAAGGAUUGGGGUCACACUUGAGUCCCACGGAGACUGUGUGUUACCUGACAGCAGACAUGUUUUAUAUUGAAGUGGUGCUGCUUCCGGGGGGGGAAGUGGAAGAUGUGAGGGUGGCCCAUCACGGUGAAGCUCCAGUGUCAAGUCCAUCAUUCCUUCAGUUGCUGAGGAUGAAGAAAUUUCAAGAGUUCUCUCUGAAGUUGGAAGACCUUGUGUGGUUUUACAAUAUACCAGGAGAAAGUAAUAUCAAGAUUAAAAUCUACACAGCCCUUCGGCAUCUUGAGAACGAUCUCUUAAAGAUAUCCCAUUUACCAAGAUCUUUGAGAGAAAGUGACCUUCAUGUUGACCUCAUUCUGAAUGGCAGAAUUGGAAACGUCCAGCCAGGCCAAGAAGGGACUCCAAUGAAAAUAGAAUACUAUAUAAGUCGAUUAGACAUUUUAAGGGGGUUGUCAAGCACAGGUGAGGUUAGUGGUGGCCAGGUUGCCUUGGCAACCGUGGGAAGUAGUGACACCUCACACAGGCUGCAGAUGGAGUCACUGAUCUCCUCUCCACCACAGGUUGACUUUUAUGGAUUUCCAUUGUUUCAGCCGCUCAGUGAGUCUGGCUCUGCAUUACUCCCAGCUACCUUUCUCCUCAAACUACAGCCGCCAUUACCAGUGCUCGCCUCCUUCAUUGAGAAAAUGUGCAAAAUAACAGAUGUUGUAGUACCAGAGCAACUCCUGCAGGUGGAGCCUUUACCACAGCUUCUCAUGAAGACCGGCACAUUGCAGAACUCGAAAAGAACCUGGACAGGGGACGUUCAGUUUGUUGUGCCAUUGCCGGCCUCAGAAUACCACAGUUAUGUGUUCUCAGCUGCCGAAUGGAACCACGAUUCGUGGAAUGGAGCCCUGAUUCACACAGUCCCCUUCACUCACCCCGGCCAUGUCCCUGCACUACUGGAUACCCUUCGCCAUCAGUCUGCCAUCAAUGUCCUGUUGGCAAGCUGUUUCAGUAACCACAAGCACCACAUAGGUGCUGGCUUACCGUGUGACCUGAAAUGUGAGGUCCUUCCAGAAUUAGACCAUUGCCUUUCUGUCACAUUCAGCCUUGAGGAUAGCGAUCACCUGGCUGUUCUUUUUGUGAUGGUGGCAGAUUCUCGUCAGGUGAGCUGCAGACUCCUGAUGCCUGACUUUGUGGAUCAUAAGCUUGAUGACUACGUAUCCAGAGUUCUCAUGCGGUGCAUGUCCAUUCCCAUAACAAUGAGAGCCAUACGCAGGAAUGUUGCCAGUAUGAAGGUCCAUCCCUCACCUGACCCAUCAUGCCCUCCUGUAGUGGAGAGCACUUCUUUAACAACCCCUGUCCAUCGUGACGUAUCUGGUCCUAACAUCAUGCCUGCUCUGUACCCAUCUGCCUCCCAUGAGGCCGAUGGGAAGAAUGGCCUGCCGUCAUCUGCAGGCUACAAUGUUAUGUCUGUUGGUUCUGCCCAAGCGGCUAACAAUGCAAAUACAGAUGCUGUUGCUAACCCUUCCCCCUGUGCUUCUCUGGGUGUCUAUUCACAUUGGGUGUCAGGUGGAGUUCCUGCAGAGCUUCUAUAGAGCGGGAAGUGUUUUUACUACAGAUUUUAAGUUAUUUCUUAGACGCUUUUACGUAAAUAAAGAGAAACCUCUUACAGUUUUUCAAGUUUGUUAUACUUGGCGGUUUUAUUAACUGUUUAGAUCCUUAAGGUUAAAUCAUAAUUGGCCCUGUUUCUUAAUCCUAGACUUAAAUCAAACUAUAAUAACUUGUUCUUCUGAAACAGCUUUUUAGCCGUUGCCACCUAGGCUGUGGCUUAAUGUCAAGCAAGAGCAAAAGGAAUACUAGGCAAGUGUGUAAUGCCUUUCUUUAGGUUCAUAUUUGAUAUAUAAUGAUUUGAUACGAUUAAUAUAGGCUGUGUCAUUAAUAGCAUUUUAAGGUUUUAUACAUUUUAAGCUUUAGAUGCAUUCGAGGGGAGACUUGAAACCGAACGCUUUAUCUUACUACAAAACAUAAUUAAGCAUUAAAAAACCUCCAAUGUUGCCAGUAUUUGCAGUUUUGUACAGCUUGCUUAAAGUUUUCAUUCUGUUGUGCUUCACAUGUGUGCCAGUCUGCAUUAACAGAUCCCUAAAGACAGGAUGUAGAUAGCGUUCUUGGGUUGCAUACCGUUGAAGCAGAGCGUUUUGCUGUAAAGACAUUCUGGGGCUUGGCAUUUGACCCCAGUCCAGACAGAACAAUCCACAGAUUGGUAUCACACAAGCCACUCGAAAGUAGACACGUUGUUUCUUCCAAUACAUUUUUAAAAAAGGUUUUAAAAAUUAAACAUUUUUUCAGUGAAUGUCUUGAGGUGGUUUGUUUCGAACCUAUUCACCUUUGUCAUAAUAGGAAUUUGGUCAAGUGAUAUGUUUUGACUAGUAAAACAAUAAAGUUCACCCAGUCAGGGUCACCAGCAAACACAAUGUCAGCACAUACAAACAAUAAGGAACUUUGUAUUGUCACUACAACAUGAAGGUCGCAGGCAUUUAGUGACUGAUGGAUGUUUCGAGGAAGCAAUCCUGAGACAAAAAUACCCUUGGGUAUGAUUCCUGUUAUGUUCAGUGUAAAAGGCUUCCGUUAAUAGUCUCAAACAGUUUCAUACUACACAGGAAGUCUAAAACUAACAAUAGAGCAUACAGUGAGGAUGCAGGUUUGUUACAGAGAUCAGGAGACAUUUGGGAAACUUGUUUUGCCUCUGAUCAAAAACACAUUUAUAAAUGAAGGGUACACUAUGUGUAUAUAUAGUCUGGUUAUAAUUUGAUCCA